CAGGAGCAGGAAUCGUAUUAUCCCAGAGCAGAGAUCUACAGUGUGAGGGAAGCAUGGGAAAGAAUAUCGGAAGGACGGUCACGGCACUGUAUCUUAUUCCUCCUCCACCUCUUCACUUGCAUGAUCGCUCAUCUUUUCUUUCCCUCUUUCCCGCCAUGAAUGCUGACUCUUCUCUCACAGUACAUGGGGAUUACAGUUGAGAGUAUUCAGGCAGGGGACGGGAAGCACUACCCAUCUAAGCGCCAGACUGUCACCCUGCACUACGUAGGCUACCUAGACCGCGCAGGAGAGCACAAGUUCGACUCCACUUGGGACAGAGGGCCCAUCGACCCCAAGACGAAGAAACCAGCAGGCAGGCCCUUCAAGUUCAGGAUCCACUCAGGGCAGGUUGUCAAGGGCUGGGACGAAGGAGUUUCCCAGCUCAGCCUUGGCGAGAAGGCGAGGAUCACGAUGACAGCAGACUACGCAUAUGGAGAGCGAGGGAUCCCGGGGCUGAUCCCUCCUAAUGCGACGCUCUACCUCGAAGUUACGCUCAUCGCAAUCCACUGAGCCCUUCCCCUCUUCCUUCUCCUUCUGCUGCUGCUGCUGCUGGUCCUCCUCCUCCUCCUGCUCCUCUCACCGUCUCUCCUCUCUUCCUCUCACCCAGCCCUGAACACACUCGCUUGUCAUCCCUCUCCUGCCGCCUCCAGUUAAUCAGCAGCAGGAGAUGCAGGACUUGUUCAACUCUAGUUAACUUUGCAGCAGUUUAAUUAAUAGAUUACACGUCGUGGAGCGAAACUCCACAAACUCAA